AUGUAUUCCAGAGAGGACGGUAAAUAUUUUGAAAAACUCCAUUCAAAGCCAUGGUUUUUCGCAGGAAAAGUCCCAGAACUCCGCUACUCCUACUCAGCUUCAGGCCUAACUCCUUCAUUAUACCCAGUUCACCCCCGAUCUGUAGUUCCAGGCUCAACCGAGAGAUUAGCCAGGCUGCAAUUCAAGCCUUUUCCAAAUGUGGACCUGCCAAGUAUUCCAAUCACAUUUCAAGAAUUUCGUGAAUACCAAUUCUUAAGAGACAAUGAAACCUUGGUAACCGUUGAGCACUGUGAUUCCUGUGAAACCCACUCAGGCACAACCCAUCAUGACCCUCAGCAGUACUCCUCUUUAGCCCAUACUUUGGCUAAUACAAUUCUAGCGAGGUAUCCAGGGGUAAAAGUCCUUCUCAAGCCGCGCUCGAAGCUUGGCUUUAACAGUCAAAGAAUCGGAGCAUUUGAGGUACAAGUUUGCAGUAAAUCCAAUGGUUUGCUUACUAAAAACACGCUACAUUCAAAAUUACAGACCAAAAAGUGGCCAGAAGUCCAAGAAAUCGUAAUGAAAUUGGCCAAUUUUUUGCCGAGAUGCAAGCUUUGUGUGACUGUUUAUGACUGUGAAAAUGGGGAAAAUAGACUAAAAGAUAUAAAAAUUUCUUUAAGACCAAAAGAUAUUUCUCUACAAAUGUCUCAGACUAUGAGACCCAAAAGUGCUAGCUACACUACAUUUAGGCCUACAAGUGCAAUUUCAACUAUGUCUCUGAGGACAAUAAAAUUCUCAGCAAGAAGAAAUGCGAAAACUAAUAUGAAAAGCCCCAGAAAAGACAAUGGGAAAUGCAUUGAAGAAAUAAGUAAUAAAGACGGGGUAUGCCAAUUUUUAAAUAUCCCUAAUAAUAUAUACGAAAUUGAGGUCAUUGAAAAUAAUGAAUAUAACUCUGCGGCGAGGAUUAUCAAUACUUUUGAAGAAGCAAUGCAAAAUUCAAGCAUAAAUAUAUAUAUUGGUCUGAAACCCAGAAAUCUAUGCAAGUUAACAGUAACUCUUCGCGACCAGGAGCUAAAAAGUGACGUGCCAUAUGCUAAAGUCAGAAUUUUUAAAGAAAAUGGGGAAAGUUAUAACCUCUAUGAGGUAUCCAGAGGAAAAUACGAAAACUCAGUGCCUAAAGGAAAUUAUACUUUAAGCGCAUCUUUAGAGGAAUUUCAAGAAAUUUCUAAGCCGAUUCAAACUAAUAAAACAGAAAUGACUAUUAUUGAGACUAUGAAAUUGAAGGAACAAAGAAAUGUCCAGAUCAUGACUUUUAAUGCAAUUACAGGAGAAGCAUUAGGAGGGGUGCUACUAAAGCUAAAAACAAGCAAAAAUAGGCCUUCUAUUGAAGGCCUCACCAAAACAGGCAGUUUUACCUACUCCUUAAACGAAACCGGGAUAUUUAAUAUUUCUACCAACAAGCUCGGCUACCUUGAUGCCAGUAUUAUUACACAUAUAUCAAAUAAAGGCAACGUCUCUAUAUCAAUUGGCCUUGUCCCCGCCUCAUACGCUAGUAAAACAGCAGUCGUUUUUUCAUGGGCUCUAUGCAGCGACGACUUAGAAAUCCAAGCUUUUAACGAAGAAUGCUCAUUAUCAUAUAAAAGCUCAAGAGGCAAAGGCUGCGAAUUUUUCGACUAUUUAAAAUCCAAUGGAAUAGCUACGAUAAUUAUUGAUAACGAUUGCAAGAAUUUGAGAAUUUUAGCGCAAGCUUUGACUAAUGAACUUAUUGGAGGAAAUGAUGCACCGAUACUGAAUUCAGGGCUGUCUGUUAAUGUUUAUCAGAAAAAGGAGCAGAUCAAAAUAAUCCCAAGCCCAGCGAAGGGGCAGUGGUGGGAUAUUGGGAUUGUUACAGAAAAUGAUUUUAUAGAGACAAAUAUUUUUUCAGACGUAAAAAUUUCAUAUUGAAAUCAAUAUCUUGACGAUUUUUCAGCAUUAAUUGACUUAGUUAAAGCUGCUGGGACUAUUUCUUCAUGCUUUAAUUAUACGAAAUAUGGGAUUGAAAAAAGAAAUAGGAAUUUGGAAGAUAAAUUUAUAUCACCAAUUGAAUUUAAUAAAAUUUUGUCAAAUAUAAUAUCUGAAGAUGCUUUAGAAUAUAUUGCUCCAAGUUUCGUCACCUCGCAAGGCAUCAGCUUAAACCAGCUUAAGCUACGAUACAGCCGCUAUAAAGGUAUAGCCUCUCCUAGGCUUCAAAUAAGCCAAACCUCAAUUGAAGAAUACGCAGAAAUAAUCGGAAUGAGCACUGCUGAUAGUGAUUUAUUAUGAAUCGCAGAGGAUGCUGUAAAUGCUUCAAUUCCUGAUGAAUGAAUCCCAAUCCAUGACCAUAAAUGAAACAUUAAAUAUAGAAACCGUGAAAAUGGCGACAUUUUAGACGAAAACCCUAAUAACGAGUAUUACAGAAAUCUCUAUUCUGAGUACAAAAUCCGCAUGGCACGAGAAAAAGCCCAGCGCGAACAAGAAGAAGCAGAAAGGCUUCUAGAAAAGGAGCGACAAAUGAAAGAGCUCGAAGAACAAAAACAAAGAGACUUGCAAGCUCUAAAAGAAAGGCUAGGAAUUGCUGAAUGGGACCAAUUUAUUGAAGAAUUUAAAAAAGAAUGCAAAGAGCUGUAUGAGCUUGCAGAACAAAAAGUAAUUUAUAAGUAGAUUUCUAGCAGCCCUGAGGAGAAAGAAAGCAUUGAGAAAGAGAUUAAUGAUGAAAUUAUAGAAAAAGCAAAAGGGUAUAUGGGGAAGCUGAAUGAGAUUAGAGAUGUUGUUAGUGAUGAGAGCACUUUGGAAACAAUUAAUAGAAGCAUUGAGGUAAUUAGUCAGAUGCAUCAGGAGUUCUUGAGGAGCUGCUUACCAGAAAGAGAAGAGACAGAGAAUCAAAAUGAAGGGAUUUCUGAAGAGUAUCCCAUUGAAGAUGCAGGUCAUAAGAAGACAAAGAGCUCAAGCAGCAGCUCAAGCGACAAGCACAAGAAAUACGAUAAGUAA